GCGGGGCGUGGGGGGGUCAGUGCGGGACGUGGCGGUGGAGUGGAGGUGGGAGGGAGCGGCGCCAUGACCCGCGGGAACCAGCGCGAACUGGCUCGGCAGAAGAACCUGAAGAAGCAGAGCGACUCGGGCAAGGGCAAGCGGCGGGACGACGGGCUCUCGGCUGCCGCCCGCAAGCAGAGGGACUCGGAGAUCAUGCAGCAGAAGCAGAAGAAGGCCGACGAGAAGAAGGAGGGCAACAAGUAGCGGGCGGCCGCGCCGGGCUGCCGCCCCAGGGCCGGUCCCGCCGGCAGGAUGCCCCGCACCGCCCCAGGCCGGGUCCCGCCGGGAUCUCCGGCAUCGCCCCGCGCCCCGCGGCGCCGUCCCCUAUUAAAGUAGCUGUGGAGCCCUGCA